AUGGCUGAGUACAAAAUUGUAGUUUUCGGUGCUGGUGCUGUAGGCAAAUCAGCUCUUACAAUCCAAUUUGUCCAAGGACAGUUUAUCACAGAUUAUGAUCCUACAAUCGAAGACGCUUACAAACGUCCUUUAAACGUUGACGGAGAAAGCGUUCAACUUGAUAUCACCGAUACAGCAGGUCAGGAUGACUUUGCAGCAAUGCGUACUUCUUAUAUGCGCCAAGGUAAAGGUUUUAUCCUUGUCUAUGCUAUUGAUGAUAGAGCUUCUUUCGAAGAAAUUGAAUCACUUCAUCGCGAACUCGUUCGUACGAAGAGCACUUCAAAUAUUCCAUGCGUUAUUUGCGGAAACAAGUGCGAUCUUGAAGAAAGACGUAUAAUUAGCAGAGCGGAGGGCGAAGAACUCGCAGCUAAGCUUAAAUGCAAAUUCUAUGAAACAUCAGCUCUUACAAAUACCAAUAUCCACGAAACAUUCUUAACUCUUGUUAAAGAGAUUAUGGCUGAGAAUAAGCCAGCUCCAGCUCCCGAACCACCGAAGAAACAAACUACUGAUGGUUGCUGCUUAUUAAUUUAA